AUGGAAGGGAAGGGAGGGAAGAAGGGGACGGUGUGCGUCACCGGAGCCGCCGGUUUCCUGGCAUCCUGGCUGGUCAAGCGGCUUCUCCUCUCGGGGUAUCACGUCAGGGGGACUGUCAGGGACCCAGGUCAACGCUCGCUAUUUCUCUCUCUAAACCUAGAGAGAGAGAGAGAUGAAUGGACUGAUGAUGAGUUGGGUUUCUGGUUCAUGGUGGGCAGAGGACAGAGAUAAGGUGGCGCACCUGUGGGAACUGGAGGGAGCUGGGGAAAGACUCCAGCUGGUCCGCGCUAACCUCAUGGAGGAGGGCAGCUUCGACGACGCCGUCUGGGGUUGCGAGGGCGUCUUCCACACUGCUUCCCCCGUCGUCGUCGUCAAGUCUGACCCAAAGGUCAACUUCUCUCUCUCUCUCUCUCUCUCUCUCUCUCUCUCUCUCUCUCUCUCUCUCUAGAGCUCUCAAUUGGGGUCGUCAACGGUUGCAGGGAGAGAUUCUUGACCCGGCCAUCAAAGGCACGCUGAACGUACUGAGAUCUUGCAAGAAGAACCCGUCCCUGAGACGGGUCGUCCUCACGUCCUCUUCCUCGGCCGUGAGAGUGCGCCCAAGGGAAGACUUUGACCCCUCAGUCCCUCUAAACGAGACGUCCUGGUCCUCCGUUGAUCUCUGCCAGCGUCUUCAGGUGAGUCAGCCCCCUCCUGCUUCUUCUCCUUCCCUUCCGUUGACCUCUUGGUGAGUCAACCCCUUCCUUCUCCUUCUCUUCUAUUGACCUCUAGUUACCUAUCUCCGUUGACCUCUUGGAUCUGCAUGUCGGAAGAUAUGGUACCCACUGGCCAAGGUGCUCUCCGAGAAGGCGGCCUGGAAGUUCGCCGGAGAAAACCAGCUGGACUUGGUGACGGUCCUCCCCUCCUUCAUCGUGGGCCCCAGCCUGCCACGUCAGCCCUGCAAGACCGUCUCAGACGUGGUCGACCUCCUGAAAGGUGGUGAUCUGUUGAAAUCCCAGUCAUCAGGUCAUAUCCAUCCCCGUUGACUUUUUUCUUCCCAUUUAAGGUAAGACGGAUGGAUUCGCCUGGUACGGCAGGAUGGGCUACGCCCACAUCGAUGACGUGGCCAGCUGCCACAUCCUCGUCUACGAGGCCCCCGCUGCCAGCGGACGCUACCUCUGCAGCUCCACAGUCUUAGACAACCACGAGCUCGCCGCGAGGCUGGCGGCGCGAUACACGUGGCUUCCCAUUCCAAGAAGGUGCGUGCGUCCGUUGACCCCAUAGGAAGUAAAGUCAACACAUGGUCAGCCCUCUACUGAUGCUGGGUGGUACUGUUUUUGGUAUCAGGUUUGACAAUCCCCUCCGUGUGGAGAGCCCUUUCUACGACCUGGACACCUCCAAACUACAGAGCAUGGGAUUCAAAUUCAGAGGCAUCGAAGACAUGUUUGACGACGUCAUUGAGUCCGUGGAAGAACUUGGCCGGGGGUUGACUUCUAUUCUGCCCAGAGAGAAAAAUGUCGUCUAG